UUUUCACCUUUGUUGGUAAAAAUAUAAAAUGGCUCUUCCAAAAAGAAUUGUGAAGGAGACUGAACGUUUGUUAGCUGAUCCUGCACCUGGAAUUAGUGCUACACCACAUGAGGAAAACUUACGUUACUUCGAUGUCAUUAUUGCUGGCCCAAGCCAGUCUCCUUUUGAAGGCGGCGUUUUCCGGUUAGAGUUAUUUUUACCCGAGGAUUACCCAAUGGGACCACCCAAAGUUCGUUUCUUAACCAAGAUUUACCAUCCCAAUAUUGAUAAACUAGGUCGUAUUUGCUUAGAUAUUCUUAAAGAUAAAUGGUCUCCUGCUUUACAAAUUCGUACUGUUCUGCUUUCCAUACAAGCACUACUAUCAGCACCUAAUCCUGACGACCCUUUGGCUAAUGACGUUGCUUCUCAUUGGAAGGAAGAUGAAAAAGGCGCCAUUGAACAAGCUCGUCAAUGGACUGCAAUGUAUGCUCAUGCCUAGGAUCGGAAGGAUAUGUAAAAAAAGAGAGUAGAGCUAUGCUACAGUACUAUAGCUAUGUAAAAAACAUACAAGAAACCAUCAACUUAACAAUAUAACAGCCAUUAAGCACAAUAAAAAACUAUAAAAUAUUCGCAGGACGUACUUAAAGGAAGUGGUUGUAAAUUACCACCUUCUGAACUUCGAUAUAGCAGCUGCAAGAUUCUGUACCAAAAGAAUAGGAUAGGCA